AGUUUCUUCGCCACCGUGGAAAAUAUAGAUUUUUCCAAAAGUGAUGAUGCAGCCUCUGCCAUAAACAAAUGGGUGGAGCAUAGCACCGAUGGUACAAUCCAAAAUCUUGUAUCAUCAACCACACUAAAUUCGGAUACUAGAAUAUUUCUACUGAGUGCCAUUCACUUCAAAGGUGAAUGGCUUACUGAAUUCCCCAGCGAAGCCACCAGCCAACAAGAUUUCUUUAUCAACAAUCCGAAUACAGUCAUAAAGCUGCCAAUGAUGUAUAAAAGAGAACUAGCAUAUUAUAAUAUCUUCCCCGAGUUAAAUGCCACAGCAUUGCGUUUACCCUAUAAAAAUUCCGAUCUUUCUAUGUUGAUUCUUUUACCGAAUUCCAUCGAUGGUUUGACGGCCUUGCAGGAAAAACUGAAGGAUAUUUCAUUUGCAUCAAUUGCAAAUCAAAUAGAGGAUCGUACUUAUGUUCAAAUUUAUUUGCCGAAAUUUCGAACUGAAUUCGAAAUGGAAUUAAAGGGUGUUCUGUCAAAGAUGGGCAUGAAAACGAUGUUCAAUUCUGGUGAAUUCGGUGGUAUGCUAAAAUCAGCCGAACCAAUGCAAAUUUCAAAUGUCAUACACAAGGCAUUCAUUGAAGUUGAUGAGAAGGGCACUGAAGCUUCGGCUGCAACAGAGUUGAAAAAGCAAGAUGUGGGGUAA